UCUUUGAACUAAACCUGACCACAAACCUUAUCUAGUCGAGGAGGUGGGUCAGAGAAGAGUUUCAGAUGCUUCAUCUUCAGCACAUUUCCUUCUACUGAUACAGGUAUAACUCAUUAUUUCCAAGCAUGUGUGAGCCAAACGGCUGUUGCAUGUCCUCCAGAUAUUUCUCUGGCUAGGAAGAAAUAAUAGUAGAGUCCUUUGAAAAUGGAUAUUAUUUACACGUUCUUCGGAUGCAAAAGCCGGCAGUUACUGAAAUAAGGACUUGAAGUUCCUUCCUCUUUUUUUCUGUCUUCAGCACAGAAAAUAAGGUAAGAAUUAGUACAUUUUUCCCACUAGAUUUCCUAACCAGAAAACAUAAGUUGAGAAAAGAACUUAGAUAAUUUUCAAAGUGAAUUUCUCACACAAUUCCUUUUCAUGAGGUUUUUAAAUAACAGAUUGCCAUCUAAGAAAAUUGAGAUCUUCCUAUCUAUGGAGUCUUCACUUUAUAAAAACAUGAUGGUUAUGAAAUAUACCUAUGUACCAUGAUUUGAGCAUUUUGUGGGACAGGUUCAGAGUAAAAGGACUCAAGAUGUUUGUCAAAUUCUAAUCCUUAUCUUGGCUUGAUCAUAAGAUCAUAAGGUCAAGUGAGUGAGAGCAGGCACUACACGCUGGAUUUUCUGUAAUUCCCAGCCAAUCAGGUAUAAAGCUCACAUGGACCAUGUGAAAAUCAUAAUAACAUUAAUUGAAUUAAACAGUUACUAUUGUCCUAGACCAUAUCUCUCUGUGUACUUGUGUUCUCAGUGUAGAGUCACUGCUGAUCCCGUGAGCAAUUAUAAAGUACUUUGUUUAUCUUUGGCAGUAAGAUUUUCCUUCCUAAAGCUCUGUUGACACUUACCUUCUCUAGCAUUUUCCUCUCUUUCGCCUUAUCUCAUAAAAAACUUAGGCCAGCAAAAAUUUUAGUUCAUUGUCAACCAAAGAUAAUUGAAGGUGUAGCUUUGACCAAUGGAGGCGGAGGAAUCUUCAACUUCUAACAAAAGAAUUGUGCCUCUCAAAAAGCAGGUAUGAGAUGUUUUGGAGAAGAGACACGUCAGAUACUUGAAGAUGCCCUGUUGGCCUCCUGUCUUCUUCUGUGACAGGAUAGCAUGUAGUGAUGGGAUAAUCAGAGGCUUUGAGACCUCUGAAUCUGGAAAUAUUAAUCUGGAAUAAUAUUCUUCUAAUACUUACCAGAUGUGUGAUUAUCAUUAAUAUUGGGGACUUCUAUUUCAAACAAUGUGAGCUUUGAUGGUCCAUCAGUAAAACGUGAAGGACAAUCAUCUUCCCAUCUGUGACCAGAAAAUAAAUGAGAGCAGUGCACUAUAUUCAGUGACACCUGUCCAUGGUUUUAACUCCCAUCAACAGAGACUCUACAGACUGUUUUAGAUUAAGUUGUCCUUGCCCAAUAAAGCAUAUACUAUGCCUCUUGUGUGAUUCCAUAUGAUUCGUGAAAGUGUUUUGGUGAUGGUGGAAUGAGAGUCAUCACAUAGAUGUUAAAUAGUCUUCAAAAGCAGACAUUGACAAACAAGUCACACAGUGUGUUAACCCACAUAAAUGGGGUUUCCAGAAUAGGCUUGUCUUUGUGUUGUUCAGUUGCCACCAGUGCUGACAACAGCUGUUAUAACUCAGCCCGGACCCACCUCCCCAAGCUCUAUUAUUUCUUGAGCAGGGCUUCCCGAGGAUGCUCCCUGGACCAUAGUGAUGGUCCUGACACUCGUUUAUAAGGUAGAUUCCAAUGUUCUCCUGGCGAAUCUGAUUUAAUAUGAUUUGGAGAGUCCAGAAAUCUGCAUUUGUAAUCAGUAUUCCAGGUGACUCUUGAAAUCAAGAAAAUUUCAAAAACGAUGUCCCAGAGAGAGCUGUAGCAUGGAAAGAGCUCCAGGCAACCUGAAGUCCUAGACCAGCAGGUGAGUGCAUCAUGGAGAGAGAUUCUGUUGGCUCUGGUUGGGAUGGAAAUUUCUGAGGUCUGGAGACUGCUAGGUGUGGUAAUUAAUUUGCUAUAGGCUCUGGAUAUUCAAACAUGGAAUCACAGAAAUGUUAAAGCUGAAAUGAUAUUAGCAAUCCUGUUCUCAUGGUUCCCUAGCCAAGGAGCUUAAAAACAAUACACAUUUCCUAUCUUAGACCCCAGAAGUUCUGAUUCUCUAGCUCUAAGGUGAAGGAACUACUGACACAGUCCAAAUAAUUCAUUUUACAGAUAAGAAAACUGAAGUACACAGAGAGGUUAAGUAUCUUAACUGGAGUCACACAGCAAGUUAAUGGUCAAACCUAGAUUUUUUUUUUAAAUGUUUAUUUAUUUUUGAGAGAGACAGAGACAGAAUGUGAGUGGGUUAGGGGCAGAGAGAGAGGGAGACACAGAAGUAGAAGCAGAAGCAGGCUCUAGGCUGUCAGCACAGAGCCCGACACGGGGCUCGAACUCACGAGUUGUGAGAUCAUGACCUGAGCCGAAGUCGGACGCUCAACCGACUGAGCCACCCAGGCGCCCCUCAAACCUAGAUUGAUGUGCAUUUGUUCUGACUCCUCUCGAAGUAUUCCGUAUUUAUCUGGAUGACAGAACUGAUCGUGAUUUAUACACAAAGCUUUGUCCAAGGAUUUGAAGAUAAGAUUUCUGAAACAGGAUCCUUGUUCUUAAGGAGCUCCCAGUCUAGUGGGAGAACACAGUAUAUGAAAUAACAAUUACAGUGUGGUGUGGAUAACUUACCAACAAGGAGUUACUAAGGUCCUGUUGUUGGCCAGCCACUAUUCCUGGAGAGAGCAUGAAGGCUGGAAAAAACAGACUCAGUUCCCACUGGCAUGGAGUUUUGAUUCUAGUUGAGGGAGAACUUUUUUUUUUAAGUUUAUUUAUUUUGAAAGAGAGAAAGGGAGAGAGCAUGCAUGAGUGGGGAAGAGGCAGAGAGAGAGAGAGAGAGAGAGAGAGAGAGAUCCCAAGAAAGCUCUGUGCUGUCAGCCCAGAGCCCAACAUGGGGCUCAAAUACUGAACCGUGAGAUCAUGACCUAAGCCAAAAUCAAGAGUUGGACACUUAACCGACUGAGCCACCCAGGUGCCCCGGGGAAGAAAUUUUUUUUUAAAUAUUUUUUAACGUUUAUUUAUUUUUGAGACAGAGAGAGACAGAGCAUGAACGGGGGAGGGGCAGAGAGAGAGGGAGACACAGAAUCAGAAGCAGGCUCCGGGCUCUGAGCUGUCAGCCCAGAGCCUGACUCGGGGCUCGAACUUACGGACCGCGAGAUCGUGACCUGAGCUGAAGUCGGACGCUCAACCGACUGAGCCACCCAGGCGCCCCAGAAGAAAUUUUUAAAACAACAUAUUUUGAGACGGUAACGUGAACUAAGACAAAUAUAAAAUGAGUAAUAAAAGAUGGUUGCUGGCCAGUACAGUGGUGAGGAGGGAGGGAUGAGCUUAUUAUGCCAAUGGCCAGAGAGGGUCUCUCUGGAGAAGAAAUGCAAGAUAAGACAUGAGAGAGCCAAAUCAAGUCCCACAGGGUUUUAUAAAUGGUGGCCGGGAUGAAUUCGGUGUCUCACAUACAGUGGAGCUGGUGAAGUCUAUAGCAUGAAAAUGGCACGCUCAGGUUUGCUUUUUAGGAAGAUGUCUCUAGAAGUUGGAGAUGGAGAGAUUAUUCUAUGAGGCAAAGGGAAGAAAGGCGAAGGGGAGGCCACAUCUUAAAAGGCUGUUGCUGAUCUUGCCUUUUUCCUUGACCACAGUCUUUAUAAAAAGAGCCACCAAUGGGGAUAAAUAAAGCAGUGACUCUAGUCCCUGUGCCUGGCUCCCUUCAAGGUGCUCCGCCGUCUCAUGAAGCCUCUUGCCCCCUGAGCACACUCUCUUCUCAGCAGAAAUGAAGAGGGUUCUCAGGGAAGAGCUCUGAAACACAACGUACCACAGCCUGGCAAGGGAACAAAUUCAUUCAAGUGAUGACAAGACCCAGGGAGAAUGACGCUUUAUUUGGGCUGGAUAUUUCUCUGGCUUGUCACAGGAGAGAGAACUAAAGGACUGAAUAUUUCAGAUUGCAUCACCAAAAAACUUCUUUGGGAAUAUUCUUCAGGGAGUGAGAAGUUUGUCUUAUUUUGUGACUUCACAGAGUCACAGAAAUCCCAUAUUUACCACAGAAGUCAACUCUCACCAACCCAAGCCCCUGAAAACUUGCCCUGCAGUGGUAGUAAGGAUCUGUCUGAUGUCCAGUGGUACUUUCAACCUCAGAAUGGAAAUCCAUUAGGGGAAAUAACUAACAACUAUCAUCACAUCAUCCAGGACAAGAGCAUCCUACACUUUUCGACCACAGGAAUGCAUAAUGCUGGGUCGUAUAUCUGUAGACCCAGGAUUCGGAGCCCUCAGGGUGAGGCCUGUUGUGUCAAGACCAUCUUAGAAGUUAAGCCUAAGACCAAUGUAUCGUGUGUACCAAAUAACUUCGUAUCACACGAGCAACAACUUCUUAUUGGCAGCACUGCCUAUAUUAAUUGCCCCAGCUUCAACUGCCAACGUGAUGCCCAAAGUUCAGAGGUGACCUGGUACAAGAAUGGAAAACUACUCUCUGAAGAAAGGAGCAACUCAAUCCUAGUGGAUGAAGUUUAUGACCACGACCAGGGCAUAUAUGUAUGUGAUUACACUGAUUCAGAUAACACAAGUUCAUGGACAGUCAGAGCUGUUGUCCAAGUGACAACCAUCGUGAAAGACACUAUUUUCAAGCCAGAUAUUCUGGACCCCAUCAAGGACACACUGGAAGUAGAACUUGGAAAGCCUUUAACUCUUAACUGCACGGCACGAUUUGGCUACCAACGAGAUUUUAAACCUGUAAUAAAAUGGUACAUUAAAGAUUCCGACCAGGAGUGGGAAGUUCCAACACCUGAGCAGAAAAGAGUUAAACACACCAAAAAGGAUGACGUUAUAGAGCGUGUUGUCCACUUGAAAGAAGUCACUCAGAGGGAUCUUCACCGGAAGUUUGUUUGCUUUGCCCAGAACUCCAUCGGGAACACGACCCAGUCCAUCCAGCUGAGAGAAAAGAAAGGAGAUAAAAAGGUAUUUGAUGCUUUCGUAUCCUAUGCGAAAUGGAGCUCUUUUGAGAGUGAGGCCACUUCAUCUCUGCAUGAGGAAUACUUGGCCCUGAAUCUAUUCCCUGAAGUUUUGGAAAACAAAUAUGGAUACAACUUGUGUUUGCUUGAAAGAGAUGUGGCCCCAGGAGGAGCAUAUGCAGAAGACAUCGUAAACAUUAUUAAGAAAAGUAGAAGAGGAAUAUUUAUCUUGAGCCCCAACUAUGUCAACGGACCCAGUGUCUUUGAACUACAAGCAGCAGUGAAUCUUGCCUUGGAUGACCAAACACUGAAACUAAUUUUAAUUAAGUUCUGUUCCUUCCAAGAGCCAGAGUCUCUACCUCAUCUGGUGAAAAAAGCUCUCCGGGUUUUGCCUACCGUCACUUGGAGAGGCUUAAAAUCGGUCCCUCCCAAUUCCAGGUUCUGGACUCAGAUGCGCUACCACAUGCCGGUGAAAAACUCCAAAGGAUUCAGGUGGAACCAUCUCAGAAUUAUGCCUGAAUAUUUUUCCACUGGAAAUGAUUCCGUAAAACAGAAGCCACUGGGAGGAGCUCCCAGCCUACAGAAUGGUAAAGCAGACCCUGAACCACCUGCCCUCAGUCCCUGGGCGAGUAGAGACGUUGAUGGACAGAGCACAGAGCAUGAAUCGGGCUGACAUAAGAUGGAGAGUGUUUUGCCGACCCCGAGCAAGCCUGACAGGCAAAGCAAUGACCCCGAAACUGUGGUUAGAGCUUCUGAUUUCCUCUGGACAGAGGAAGAGUAAAUUCUGCAGACGCAUGCACACGUUCAGCACACAACGCUCUUAAGAUUUGCCAAGGGGUCUGAACAGAAGUGGCAGAUACAGCCGCUUCUGCAUUGGGCUACCUAUUGGCUGUCACGUCUACUAUGGAUUGUACAUAUAAAUUAUAUAUAUUUGCAACCAAAUAAAUAUUAUUUUAUUAGGAGCGAUUGAUUUGAACUUUACCUAAAUCUUCCCUGUAAAAACAAAGCAACACAAAACAAUUUUUAUUCAAUGUCCACCCAUUAACUCUGGAGCACAGAAAGCAAGUAGGAAAGGCAGACACCGGGGAGGGAGCGGGGGGGGGGGGGGCAAGGGGCAGACAGGGCCCCAGUCAAUCUCUACUCUGUCCCUGCCAGAAGCACCCCCUGUAAGCAGGUGAAAUAGAGGAAGGAGACCCUUCUGGUGGGCAGUGCAGCCCUGUGCUAGACACAAGGCUUGGAGAGCAGAGUAGGGCUAACCUCAGCAUCUCCUCAUCCCCUUGGCCUUGGUGCAGGGCAGGAGGUCCCCAACCUUACCCUGGGCUGCUGAAAGUAGGAACGAACUAGGCCAAAAUGCUCAGGCCAAUGAGGAGGCAAGGAAUGGGCCAGCACAUACGUACAAAGUAGAAAGACAGUGACAAGAGCUAGCAGCCAAGGUAAGAGUUUGGUAAGUAAAUGUAGAAACUGGUUAAAAGACAGCAAGAAUGGAGCUUGAACAGAGCUUUAGUCUGAGCUCUUUGCCCAUCAAGGCUGGCACUCCUUGUAUGUGCUUCCUGACCGAAUGAUCUCAGUGGAGUCCUAAGUAACAAGGCAGGAUGCUGGAGCACCAGGAGAGAAAAGGUGGAUUUCACUCUCAUAGUCUGUUUUCCUUAUGGGGAUUCCAGUUCCAGCUAGAGUUAAAACAGUGUUCUAGUCACGUAGGGAUAUAAAACCUUCAUGCUCUGUCCUCGCCUGAGUGGAAUGAUUCAUUUGAGCCUAAAGACUAGCAACUUCUGGACUCAUUCAGAUGUAAUGUGUCACAGUCACUGGUACGGACACGAUCCAAGUUCA